UUUCAUUUCGGCAAGUCAUCAGGCACAGCAGCAAAACAAUUGUACAAUUUUGCAAAUUUUUGAUAGAUUUUCGUGAUUAAAACAAGAAAUAAUGGCUCGCGGAAGUAGUGCUGGCUUCGACAGACACAUUACCAUCUUUUCGCCCGAAGGACGAUUGUAUCAAGUUGAAUAUGCCUUCAAAGCCAUCAACCAAGAAGGCCUCACAACGGUUGCCUUGAAGGGAGCCGAUUGCGCUGUUGUUGCGACACAAAAGAAGAUCCCCGACAAGUUAAUUGACCCGAAAACGGUAACACAUUUGUUCCGCAUCACGAAAAACAUCGGAGCUGUAAUGACUGGCAGAAUUGCCGACAGCAAAUCUCAGGUGCAUCGCGCGCGUUACGAAGCCGCAAAUUGGCGCUACAAGUACGGCUAUGAUAUCCCGAUUGAUGUUUUGUGUCGUCGUAUCGCCGAUAUUUCGCAAGUUUACACGCAAAAUGCCGAAAUGCGUCCUCUUGGGUGCAGUAUGGUGCUCAUUGCGUACGAUGAUGAUCUUGGACCUUCGGUUUAUAAGACAGAUCCCGCUGGUUAUUAUUGCGGAUAUCGCGCGAUUUCUGUCGGCGUGAAACAAACCGAAGCCAAUAGCUAUUUGGAGAAAAAGUUGAAGAAGAAAACCGAGUUUAAUGAGGAAGAAGCGAUCCAAUUAGCGAUUACUUGCUUGUCACAAGUGCUCGGAGUGGACUUUAGAGCAAGCGAAAUCGAAAUUGGCGUCAUUACGAAGAAACAUCCGGAAUUCAAGGUCUUGCAGGAGAACGAAAUUGAGGAUCAUUUAACUGCCAUCGCCGAAAAGGACAGUUAAACACAUUUUUUUUUUGUUUUUUUUACACAUAUUUCCUCCUUACAUGUAAUCAGUUUAUUGGAAAUACAGAAUAAAAAUCCUUAAUUCUA